CGCCCGGCUCUCCACGUACCUUCUUGUCAAAGAGAUUUGCUCCCACCCCUCGAGUAGUAGUAGCAGUAGUAGUAACAACGUAAAACGUGCCCUUGAUUUGCGCGGUACUGAAGGGCAUGGCCUUCACUGUUUGAAACGGCAGUAACUGCAACAAUUACUUUUGGAUGUGAUAUAUCUAGCACAGUCCUGUUCUCAAUAUGGACAUGUAUUCUAAUAGUGGACUCCCUAGCCUAGCUUCAACAUCUUUCACCUACUCAGCCAUGCAUGAUCCGCUGGCUCUACCAGACUUCUGUGAUUUUGAUGGCAAGAAUGACUUGAUGGACUGUAGCUUGGGAUUUAGCUUCCCAGAGCUCAACUCCUUUGGUGGACUAGACCUCGACAAGCUUGACCAACUUGUCAGGAUGGAAGCAGACCUAGAAAGGAUUGAGCGACUGGAAAGGCUCGAAGUGGAAGUGGGUUCUCUGGACUCGGAUGGAGAAUCAGCCAUCACCUUCCCACCAACUCUCAUUGGACCUUCCUUGGGGCUCAGUGGCUGGGCUCCUUCAGACAUGAGCAUUGAUUCCAGUUUAAGUCAUGGGUGCAGUGUGACAGCGGCCAUGGACUCUGAUUCGACAGAUGUGGUAGUCAACCCCUUAUCAGUCUUGCCUGUCAGUAGUUCUGCAAGCAGCUUGAGCAGUGGCUGGUCAGCAUUGCUCCAGAGGCCGAUCGUCUCCACGGCACCGUCGACCGUCAAUGUUCCUUCCCCCAUGCCGGCUAGUCCGGCUCCACAGGGUUCACCCAUCAACUUGCCGGCAAGAAUCGCCAAGUCUAUAGCGAGCAACAAUAGCUCAUCUGUGAUGAACGAUUCUGGAAGCAAUGGCGCAAAUAACGGAAGCGGUUUCCCCAAACCUGCAUACUCUUACUCUUGUCUUAUCGCUCUCGCGCUCAAAAACAGCCGAACUGGCUGCUUGCCCGUCUCUGAAAUCUACCGUUUCAUGUGUGAGCACUUUCCAUAUUUCCGGACAGCACCAGCUGGCUGGAAAAAUUCAGUCCGCCACAAUUUAAGCUUGAACAAGUGCUUUGAAAAGGUGGAAAAAAUUGGCGCUACUAAUCCAAAUGGCACCGUAGGAUCCACCCCGACCAAUAGUUCCUCGACCCGCAAAGGAUGUUUGUGGACGUUAAGUCCUGCAAAGGCUACAAAGAUGGAUGAAGAAGUGCUCAAAUGGUCCCGGAAGGACCCGUCCGCUAUCAAACGUGCCAUGGCCUAUCCAGAUGCACUCGAAAUGCUGGAAAGCGGUGAAAUGAAGAUGGAGUCAGCUGGUGGAGCCAGCACUGAAUCUGAAGACGAAGGUGAAGGCCCUGAAGAAGAAGUCGAAUGCCCAUCUCCACUGGCUCGAGUGACACCGCCCGAGCCCAGUCCGCCUUUGGACGACAAUAAGUCGACUACUACCAACGGCAACAACAAGGAGCAGCUCAAUAUUGGUGUCAGCAUUGUGUCCCGUUUGGCCCCACCUAUUACGGGCCGAAGGCCGUCCGUCCCACAAUCGGGUGCUGCCAAACCCCAGCCACAGAAAGUGUAUUACAGCUUGCCCAAGUUCCAGACAUCGGGCAAUGAGCUCAUUAUCAUUGGCGACACGCGAAUGGAAACCAUGUGAACUUCAGAUGUAGUUCUCAUGUGUUCCAUCAUGGCCCAUUCUUACUUCUUCAUCCUCGUCUUAUCUCAAUCCGCCGGGAUUAUCCAAAACAAAAAAAAAAACAACAAAAAGAAACAAAAAAAAUCAAUUAUGCUACCUCUCGAAAUUUCUUUUUUGUACGAGAACCUCACCGAUUUUGCAGCUAUUUCUGUUUAGAUGUUUCAAGAUUUUUUUCUGCUCCGUACUUUACCAAUCACAACAGUUGUUUUCAUUUUCCGUGUUGAGGUGAGGAAGGAUAGUUUUUGGUGUUCUGCACGUACCUGACAAACGGCGGAUUAAAACCAACCAGGGACCAGAGCUGAUGAUGAUGACAUGUGCAUGCUGUGUUUAACGCUCCCAUUAGAUAUUUCUUGCUGUAUUUGACGA